AUGCGUUUUAGUUCAAAUGUUAAGCCGUUUGUUCUGCCUCUCAUUGUUGGAAUCUUCUUGCUUCUUGGGUAUGUCUACUUCAGCUUCUUCUCUGAAAAGCUCAACCGAGAUAUCCCAGUUGAUGAGGACCAGAAGAGCAGCAGGCUUUUGUACAAGCAGCCCAGUGUCUUGGUGGGACGUACUGAUGUGGUGACAGUGACCCCAUGGUUGGCAUCCAUCAUCUGGGAAGGCACCUUUGACCCUGUGCUCAUUGACAACAUCUACAAGCCCAUGAACCUCACCAUAGCAACCACAGUGUUUGCAGUUGGAAAAUAUGUCAGCUUUCUCCGAGAUUUUCUGGAGACAGCGGAGAUGCACUUCAUGGUCGGCUUCAACGUGCGCUACUAUGUUUUCACUGAUCGUCCCCACGAUGUUCCUUCAGUGAACCUGACUCAGGGGAGACAUUUAAGUGUGAUCCAGGUCCCGGGUUCGAACCGCUGGCAGGAGAUAUCAGCCCGGAGGAUGGAGAUCAUCCAGACCACCAUCGAAAGUCAGAUCAGCAGGGAGGCCGACUACAUCUUCUGUCUCGACGUGGACAGCAAGUUCCACGCUCGCUGGGGGGCUGAGUCUCUUGGAAGGCUGGUUGCUGUGAUACACCCAGGCUACUAUGAGCAGACCCGUGCCAACUUCCCGUACGAACGGCGUCCAGCCUCGUUGGCCUACAUCCCCAUGGAUGAGGGAGACUACUACUAUGGUGGGGCUAUGAUCGGAGGGUUCGUGGAGGAUGUGUACACACUUACAAAGGUAUGUCGGAACCGGUUUGAGGUGGAUGCUGGGAAUUCCAUCGAGGCUGCCUGGCAGGAGGAGAGCCACCUCAACAGGUACCUGCUCUAUAACAAGCCCAGCAAGGUGUUGUCUCCGGAGUACCUGUGGCAGGACUUCAAGGCCAAAACCAAAGAGGUCAAAGUCAUUCGCUUCUCAGGGGUCAUUAAAAACUAUGCUGAAGUUCGUCCCAAUGUAUAA